CUCCGGUUGCCCACGGCAACCGCCUCAAUGGGGGUUAGUUGUCUUUCUUUUUGUCGGUAAGGGUACUAAAGAACGGCACUUAAAAAGCAUAUUAUCUACCAGAAGAGCAACAUUCGAACACCUUUUAUGCCACGGUAUUAGCUGUAAAAUAUGAUAUCUGUGCUCUGAGGGCGUGCGCCGCAAUGGGAUUCCUCGAUGUGCAACUUCAUCUCCGGCAUUCUCAUCGGGGCGACCGUGGUACCAACUCAAUGCUUCACGACGCUUCUCUGAAGGGUGUCACGAAAAUCUGCGUAACUUGGGUUUAGUGUAUUCCUUAAUAUUUAGACGGUUGUCACCCCGCUCCGAUCAUAUCUUCAGUAGUAUUUGUUUAUGCCAAUUUUGGAACACGGAUGACGACUCCUCAAAGAUCAAGGCAGAGAUAAUUAUACCAGGUGUUCUGAUGGCGAGCAACAUAAUCGAAGUGUUCAUCGAAACACUACAUGGCACGGCGUUCGAGUUGCUCGUAUCGCCCGCUGACACGGUGGUGUCAAUUAAAUCCAGAAUAUCAAGACUAGAAGGGAUACCGGUGUCCCAGCAGCACCUCAUCUGGCAAAGCCAGGAAUUACCCGACGAGUCGUCCUUGCGUGACUUCAACAUCACCGAUGGCUCCACCCUCAAGCUUGUGCUGGGAAUGCGGGUUGGCCCGAUCAACACACGAAAAGCCUCUGUGGAAGAACGACCAUCUUUACUGGACGUCGCAAAAUACCUGGAAGCGAAAGGGGAUGAGCUGUCAUUGGGAUCUGCACGUCUGCAGCCGGUCACCGUUGUAGUAGUUCACGACGGCGACCAGGUUCACCUGUACACGUUGGUGAACACAUUGAGCAAAAGCGGGCGGUCGUCAGCGUCUUCAGAUUCCCUCAGUGAGGACUCAACAAAGGAACUCCGCGGAGAAGAUAUCGUGGAGGAGAUUAGCCACCAGCGAGAAAACAUGGAGAUGAGGCAAAAAGUCGCGCUCUUGCAGAAGAAGCUCAAGGCUGCUCGAAGGAAAAAGGAAGGUACUGUCUCCCACGAGCCAGAUUCCGAGGAAGAAGCUAAGGUUAGCCAGCAAAAUCAGUCAAAGAACAGGAAGGAGCCACCACUGCGUCUUCCACCAUUGGCGCCCACUCGGAGGGCAUCCCUCUGCGCUUCCAACGGCUCCAUGUCACGGCGAUUCAUCACCUGCACACUGCGGCGUGCACAUAGAGAGUCCCCCGCCGUGGAGUGCUGUGCAAACAAGAUGUCUCCACGUCUUCCCGAAUCCGUCUCAACAAGACCCCCUCCAGGUAGUGGCAUGUCAAAACCCCAAGAGCUCAAAUCCAGUUGCGCAGUGCCAAGGUGCCUUGGCGGAGGAGACGGCGCUGCAAAUGCAUUAGGUGGGAACUCCAGGAUGCAGCCUUUAGAAGGACAGGGGCUGUCCAGGAGAAGUAGAGAUAUUGUAGUGCUAGCAGCAUCUCUGCCCUCGUCUAUGACCCAGUGGGACAAGGACACGGAUGACAACAGCCCCCCGGCCACGGGGCACCGCGCCUUGCAGAGCCUUUAUAAGGUCCUUCCUCCCGUGACACACCAUAGUCGAGACGUGGUUCCAGAGGAGCAGGAAGUAGGUGUGACGGAGCAAGAAGUGAGCAGUCCACCCCUAGUAGAGACAACACCCCUCGAACUGGACCCCUGGGAUUGCCCUCGGCCCAAAACUGCCCCACCAAGGGUGGUCCGCCUGUCCGUCGUCCAGCAACAGGCCAAUUCAUCCCCUGUCUCUUCUUCGUGUUCCCCAAAGGACACUAAGGACAGUAACUCUGCAGGGACAGUGGGAGCCACACACAGGUCAGCACUGCAGAGUGGUGCUGACGUGCGGUGGAUAGUGUGCCCGCAAGGCGGUGUCCCCAAGGUCCUUGGUGUCGUACCCUCGGAUUCCAACAUCUUGGGCAAGGUUACCGGUCUUCGGGGUCGACCGUUCAAGCCCGUGCAGACGGCUGCAGACGACGAAAGUGAAGACAAAGUUCCUGCGUCACAGUCCAACGGACAGCCUGAAGACAACAACAAGCACUUUGGAAAUUCCGACGCUAACGCUUCCAACUCGGAACAGCCUUCAGCAAGCAACGCACCACCAUCAAGUCACCCUUCUCCGCCUGCGACCGAGGAGCAAGACAAGCCUAUGGAGAACGGCCAGCAACUGCCGCCUCUGAAGGCCAAGAAAAAAAUGGCCAGGCGCUGUGAUUGGUGCAAACGCAAGACUGGCCUAGCAUCCACUUACGUCUGCAGGUGCGGGAAAAGCUUCUGUGCCGCCCAUCGCUACGCGGAAGUCCAUCGAUGCUCACACGACUACCGAACCGAGGGACGACACAUACUUCAGCGGAGCAACCCUGUCGUGAAGGCUUCGAAAGUGCACAAGAUCUAGCCAGCAAGUGAUGGCCUCCGCAGUCACUUAGGAAACAAAGAAAAUCAUAGCCCAUUGCGGAUGCAAUUUAUUUCCGCCGUCUCCCUCUUAUCCUUUUUUUUUUUUUUAGAAGAAAAUUAACUCCUUCGUACACUGUCCUUCCUCUCUCACCACCACCGCCGCCGUUCGCACCCGUCCUGAGUCAUCCCGUAAGCGACGAAAGUUUUGUUUUUAAUUAACGACGAAAAAAAAAAAAAAGCCCAUCUUUGUGAGCUCCGUGCGGGACGCCGCGCCAAAAACCCAUGUACGUUGAGGAGCGGUCCUUGUGGAAUCCUUUUGCACGUAAUUUGCCGGCAUGGUAUCGGGUAAACAUUGGGUAAACAUCGGGUAAACAUCGGGUAAAGAUCGGGUAAACAUGGUGAGGAACGCAUAGAAAAACUAGGACAAGGGAUGGGACGCGUUCUUCGCCGCGGUUUCCUUAAAUCGAGAUGUCCUACAUGUGUUCGCACUUCUGAUGGUACAUAUAAGGUAAUGACGUCCAAAAAUUCCAGUUUCCGAUAUUUCGUUAAUUCUGGGCUUCUACGUGUCGUCCAGUGUUUGAGCGAGUGCCGCAGCGGAGCACCUUACCGCGUGUUUUUUAAAAAUUCCUUUUAUUUUGUUUAUUUUUUUGGCUCCUUGCGUAAAAUUUGUGCACCGCUCCCGGUACUAAUACAGGAUCGCCCCCACUAUUUGCAUCAGUUCCUAGGAGUUGUCAGGUGCCAAGAAACUUUUUCAAGAGCUUGUCAGACGUUGAAAAGAACGUUCCCCCGAAUUGGGCACGGGGGAAAGCCGCGACACCAUCCUUCUUAUAGCUGUGCCAUGCCUAACGUGAUGUCCUGCGUCCACGAAGAGGUCAACUUUUUUCGGCCGCGCCUUCUUAGAUGUCCUCGGUAUCAUUUUUACCCCCGUCCCGGACAGCGCAUGGCCCAGGUGCUUAUCUGGUUGCUGUCAUUUAGCCAUUAAUGGCCCUCAUUCUACGUAUGCACAAAAAAGAAAAGAAAAAAAAAAUGUACAGCGUAUACUGGGAUUGAGUAUAAAUUGUAGUGCACUAGACAAAUCUUAUCAAGAGGCAGUUUCUGGUUAUCUUACUUGGCUCUUGGGUUGGUGCAAAAAUUACUCCGAAGCAAAGCCUUUGCAUGUGGGACUUCAACGGCUAAUCUGACACCGAAGAGUCCCAGCAUGGUGUGUUUCAGGUGUCUAACAUGCCGUGCAGUGACGUUGCGGUAUUUUAUGGCCAGCAAGUUUGUGCCUCUGUUUUCAUAGUGCACAGCUAUCCUCCUUCCUUUCUUUCUUCUUUUUUUUUUCUCCCAUAAGUGAUUGGCCUGGUCUCGAUGUAGCGGUGCUGACGGGAUUUUCAGCGGCACUCAAAGCAACCUCGUCAUGAGCCCUGCCAAUGCAUGCGUUGCAAAAUAGUGUUUAUGGGUGUAGGAGCGUGGUCUGUUUCUUUCUCGAAGAUUAUGUGGUUUCUGAUUUUCUGCCCGUCGUCUGCUUCUAGCCGCACAGCACACCUUUUUCUGGCGACCCUGUGCACAUGCACUGGAUUAAUAUCUGAGGGCCAAAGAUGGCAACCCGUGACCGUUGCGAAAGAAGCAAAAAGUUUUAUGUUUAGUAUGGGAAAGAGAAAAGAUUAUUUAAAUGUCUAGCAGGGUCUGUUGUUUUGCUGCAAACUUCCUGUGCUGUAAAUAUAUAUAUCCUUUGUUACUGUUGGCCUUCGUAAUUUACCUUUGUUUAGCGUGGCUUGUAGCACUAGCGGCGUAUUUGUAGUACCGACGAGCAUCUAGGGUAAAGCAAAACCGUCGCCACAUGUUUAUUUGUACAGAACAAUUAGCAGGGCCAACCGCCGAUUUUGUGUCUGUCAAUUGCACCUGUAUCGAGUACCUUGGUCCUAAAAUGCAUCGAGGGACUGUAACUUCUGCAACAGCUAAUAACAUGUUGAAUUCAUAAAAAUGCAACGUGUACCAUCUUGUUCAAUAAAUAUUUGCAGGAAAUGA